AUGUAUUCCAAAUUGAUUGCUGCACUUUUUCUCAUUCUUUCUAUUCAUCUCACAUUUGAACAAGAUACAGGAAACAAUCCCGGUUCUUAUGAAAUCCGUGAACAUAGUCUCAAUCGUCCAUAUCCAUCUGUUUUUUCUACCUCUAAUUCGUAUUGGCAUUUAGUUGGAAAUACAUUAGUUACUGAUCGACAUAUUCGUUUAACAUCAGAUUCACAAAGUAAAGUCGGUGGUUUAUGGAAUAUAAUACCAGUUAGUUAUCCAGAUUGGGAAAUGCAUGUUCACUUUAAAGUACAUGGUAGCGGAAAAGAAUUAUUUGGUGAUGGUUUUGCUAUUUGGUAUGCCAGAGAUCCAAAAUUAGGAGGUCCUGUUUUUGGUUAUCAAGAUUAUUUUCAUGGAUUAGCUAUUAUUAUGGAUACCUAUUCGAAUCAUAACGGACCACAUAAUCAUGCUCAUCCUUAUAUAUCAGCUAUGAUCAACAAUGGUUCACUUCAUUAUGAUCAUGACCGUGAUGGUACACAUACAUCUUUAGCUGGUUGUGAAGCACAAUUCCGUGGUCGAGACACAGAUACACUUGUUGCUAUUCGUUAUCAAAAUGAUCGUUUAACUGUUUCGACUGAUAUUGAAGGAAAAAAUAUUUGGAAAGAAUGUUUUGCAGUAUCCGAUGUUCGAUUACCUACACAUUAUUAUUUUGGUUUUUCAGCAGCAACAGGUGAUUUAAGUGACAAUCAUGAUAUUAUAUCCGUACAUACAUAUCAGUUAGAAACGAGUGAACAACGGCGGACAGAAAAUCGUCAAAAUAUUAUACCGAAUGCUCCAUCAGCUGAACCUGAACGUCCACAUACUGAUGAUCCAAAAGGAUCGGGAUGGUCAGCACUAAAAAUAUUCUUUCUUAUUAUGUUUUUAAUUCUUGUUUGUCUGGCUGUGGGGAUUGGCGCAUACUAUUAUUUUGACAGACGACAAUAUCAACGUAAACGGUUCUAUUAG